UAUCACCAUCCUGGUAUCAAUUCAUAUAUAAGUUCAUAUUUAUUAACGUAGACGGUAAAUUGAAAGUUUUUUCAAAGUUGCUAUCUGAUUGCCACUCAUAAUUCCCUGAUCAUUGACCAUAUCAAGUUAAUUUUAUCAAACAUUGAUCGGAGGUGAUUGUAAGAUCAUAUUUCUGAUUAACUGCAAUUUUCAAGUUUACAAUGUUUCUGUAGUAAGUCUGAUAUGUUGACACUUAUCUGAUCCACACUUCCUUUUACAUGUAUUACUUAUUUCACCUACAAUGUUUAAAUGACAGUGUUUAUGCUCAAAGGUGUAUUUGGAUAUAUUGGCAACAGUGUUACUUGGACAACAACUGGUGGAAAGAAGGAUGUGAAAAAUUAUAGACAGGAUGGACAGAACAAGUCAACUGUACAUAUCAGCAGAGGCAAUUAUCGGGGCCAUAACAAUAGUCGGCAAUGCUCUUGUUCUGGUCGCCAUUUUGAAGAACCGGCAGCUACAGACAAUCACAAAUUGCUUUAUUGCCAGCCUGGCAGUGGCUGACCUGCUGGUUGGUAUCGUGGUUGCCCCACUUGCAGCGCUCAGCCACCUGGGGCUGCCCAAAAACUUUAUGGGCUGUGUGUUCACCAACUCCAUAGUUGUUGCCUUCACCCAGGUCUCCAUCUUCAACCUCCUUGCUGUAGCCUUUGAGAGAUUCUUUGCCAUUAAACACCCAUUUGCCUACCAGAAACACAUGACAAUCAAGUAUUCAAUGCUCAUAAAUGCUGGGGUCUGGACUCUUGGACUUCUCUUUGGACUCAUUCCGAUGUUUGGAUGGAACUUAAAGAAACUAGUAACUGAUGAUUGGAUGUGCAACUUUGUAACAGUAAUUGACAUGGAAUAUGUUGUGUAUUUUCAUUUCUUUGGAUGUAUCAUCAUUCCUUUACUUAUUAUUGUUGCCAUUUAUGUGUACAUAUAUCUAAUAGUCCGCAAACAGAUGUCUCAGAUAGCAGCUCUAGAAAUACCAGGACCAAACCAGGGAAGAUCAAAAUCAAAAUUUAAGCGUGAAAUAAAAGCAGCAAAGUCUCUUGCAAUCGUAAUACUAUUGUUCGGCCUAUGUUGGAUACCUAUACAUGUUUUGAACUCACUGACACUUUUGUGUAGGCCGGGUUCAUGUGCAUACCCUCAGGAAUUGCUGUUAACAACUAUUGUGCUCAGCCAUGCUAACUCAGCUGUGAAUCCAUUUCUGUAUGCCUAUGGAAACAGCAACUUCAAGCAUGCUUUCGAAAGAAUGUUCUGUAAGAAGGAAUACUGGUCAGAAAAUGCAUCAACUUUACCUAGUUCAAGGCCAUUGCCUCAAAAUGUGAGCAGUGAUGACUGCCGGAAUGACCAAGUACCAGAAGACAGGAACAAAGUGCAAGAUUUUAAGACAAAUGGCACACUACAUGAUGACAAUAAUCAUAGACAAAGUGUUAACAAUGGAGAAAAUGAUGCCUUAAACAGUUCAAGAAGCAGCUCUGAGUGUCUUUCUCCUCAGAACAAAAAAACAAACAGGCAUUCAGGGGAGGUUUCAUCUAGUGACAUGAGGAAUACCAAGCUAGAGCUGUUUGUUGUUGAUCAACAUAAUGAUAACCUAAACAACAUAUCAUAACACUAUUUGUUCAUAUUUGUCAGGGUAAAUUUUGUCAGGGUCAGGGGCGCUAUGAAAGUGUUUGGGUGACAAAUAUAAUUUAUAAAAACUGUUCACUUGUAUAGUAGACUCGAUUUUAUAGAAAAAGGAUCAUAAGAAUAUGAAACGAUAUGCUUUUGACAAUACCAUGGCUGAAAUGUUCUAUUUAUUUCUUAAAUUGUAGAAGAUGAAAAGAACAGAAAACUCCUCAUUUCCUUUGAUCAUUUAUAAAGACCAUCAAAAUGUUACUCCAACCCACAGCUUGACUCAACUUAUUGUAUGAUAUUAUUUCAGUAAAAAACUACUGGUACAUCAAAUAUUACCAGCCUUUUGGGUCUUACGUCUCUGGUAGAUGGUAAAAUGUCAGGAAUUAAUUAAAGGCCAUAUGAUUUUUUUUUAAAUUUUGGCCUUACAUCCACUAAGGCUGUAAGUUCAGCAAGCAUAAUUAUGAUAUUCUUUGUAAAAAAAGAAAUCAUGACCCUCAAGAACAAGAAACAUAUCAUAUAUCUAUGUUGUAUUUUUAUAACAUUUCUUUAUACAAUUAUUGAAUGUAAAUAUUUUUCAUAAUGUUGUCUGUAUCGAGUUCUGAUAUAUGACCACGGACAUAUAAACCAUUUAUAGGUCUGUCAUAUGGCUUAACAUCAGUUUUUGUUAUUAAAAAAUAGCAACAUAUGUCAUCUUUUAAACCAGUUUACAUAAUAUUGAAUUUAAUGUCACAUAAAAGUGCAGUUGAUAUUUUCUGACUACCCGCCAUAGUUCUUUCUAAUGCGUUACUUUA